UUAAACACGGAUGCUGCCUUGGUGUCUGCGGCUGGAAGAGAAACCUCCGGGUGCCUCCCCCACUCCUGGGCGCUGUGGCUGGGUGCCACCGCGGCGUGGAGCCUGCUGGAGCCUGGCGAGCAGCACAGAGCAGCUGGAGCAUCGUGGGAGCCCCUCUCCCUGCCCACCUCAGCUCCCGGGGGCUCACCCUGCUGAGAGGUGCUCCAGGCGUGCUGCUCCCCGGGACCUUGCAGAGCUGGGGGAACGCGGAGGGGCCAUGGGGGCUGUCGGCAUCCUGGGCUGGCUGCUGCUGCUGCUGCUGCCGGCGCCCCUGGUGGCAGGUGCCCGGCCCUGCAUCCCCAAGGAUUUUGGGCACGGCUCGCUGGUCUGUGUCUGCAAUGCCACCUACUGUGACACGCUAGACCCCCUGGUCGUGCCAGCCCCCGGCUCCUACGUCAAGUACGAGAGCAGCAAGGCCGGCAAGCGGCUGGAGCGGAGCGAGGGGAAAUUCCAGAGCAGUCUGAGCACCCGAGGGCUGCUGCUGACGCUCAACAUCUCCACGCUGCACCAGCACGUGAAGGGCUUCGGAGGGUCCCUCUCCGAUGCUGCUGCCAUGAACAUCCUGAAGCUGUCCCAGCCAGCCCAGGAUAACCUGCUGCGCUCCUACUUCUCCGAGAGCGGGAUCGAGUACAACCUCAUCCGGGUCCCCAUGGCUUGCAGCGACUUCUCCGUGCGCCCCUACAGCUACGAUGAUGUCCCCAACGACCACGAGCUGAAGCACUUCAGGCUGGCGGACGAGGACGUGAAGAUGAAGAUUCCCCUCCUGCGCCGAGCUUUGGCCAUGAGCAAGCGGCCGCUGCUGCUGUUUGCCAGCCCCUGGACCGCCCCAGCCUGGAUGAAGAGUAACGGGGACGUCCGUGGGAAAGGGACUCUGAAGGGGAAGGCAGGGGACAAGUACCACAGGACCUGGGCCAACUACUUCAUCAAGUUCCUGGAUGAAUAUGCAAAACGCAACGUGACCUUCUGGGCGGUGACGGCACAGAACGAGCCUCUGGCGGGGCUCUUGACGCCCCCCCAGGCCCCCACCAUCGCCUUCACGGCCGCACAGCAGCGGGAUUUCAUCGCCCAGGACCUGGGCCCCGCGCUGGCCCGCAGCCCCCACCGCACACGGCUCCUGAUGCUCGACGACCAGCGCAUCCACCUCCCUCACUGGGCCAAAGUGGUCCUGGGAAAUGCCACAGCUGCUCGUUACGUGGCUGGCCUGGCCGUCCACUGGUACCUGGAUGCCAUUGUCCCACCUGGCUGCAGCCUGGAGGCCACCCACAAGCUCUUCCCUGACCAUUUCCUCCUCUACACGGAGGCCUGCACCGGCUUCUUCACCUUCCGCUUCGCCGUGUCCCUGGGCUGCUGGGAGCGGGGAGACCACUACAGCUACAGCGUCCUGACGGUCAUGAACCACUUUGUGUCUGGUUGGACCGACUGGAACCUGGUCCUGGACCUGGAGGGAGGCCCCAACUGGGUCAAGAACUUUGUGGACAGCCCCGUCAUCGUGGACGGCAGCAAGGAUGUUUUCUACAAGCAGCCCAUGUUCUACCACCUGGGGCACUUCAGGCACAGCCGGGACACAGGACCUGCCACCGCUGCCACAGAGACGCGGCAGCAAGAGGUGCUUUGGCAGCAGCGUGUCCAUCGGCAUCGUCGGAGCCACUGCAGCAGAGGUGCCAUGGGGCCAGGCUGUGCCAUGGGGCCAGGCUGUGCCAGAGUCCUGGGCUGGCUCCUGCUGGCACAGGCAGCCCUGCAGGCCACAGGUGGCCGUCCCUGUGAUGCCAAGGAUUUUGGGCACGGCUCGCUGGUCUGUGCCUGCAGUGCCAUGUACUGUGACACGCUGGACCCCCUGGUCCUGCCAGCCCCUGGCUCCUACGUCAAAUACGAGAGCAGCAAGGCUGGCAAGCGGCUGGAGCGGAGCGAGGGGAAAUUCCAGCACAACGCCGAGAGCCCAGAUUUCCACCUCACCCUGGACACAGCGCAGAGGUUCCAGAAGGUGAAGGGCUUUGGUGGCUCCAUCACCGACGCGGCCGCCAUCAACAUCCAGUCCCUGUCCAAGGCUGCCCAGAACCACCUGCUCCGCUCCUACUUCUCCGAGGAAGGCAUUGAGUACAACCUGGUGCGUGUGCCCAUGGCCAGCACUGACUUCUCCAUCCGCCUGUACACCUACGCCGACGCCGAGGACGACUUCGAGCUGAGGCACUUCAACCUGACGGAGGAGGACACGCACAUGAAGAUCCCCAUCCUCCAAGCAGCCCAGGCAGUGGCCAAGAGGCCACUGUCUCUCUAUGCCAGCCCUUGGACCUCCCCGGUGUGGAUGAAGACGAAUGGAGCAAUGACAGGGAGGGGAACACUGAAGGGCAGCCCUGGGGACAAGUACCACCAGGCCUGGGCCAAGUACUUCGUCCGAUUCCUGGAUGAAUAUGCCAAGCACAACCUGACCUUCUGGGCAGUGACAGCAGGGAACGAGCCCACGGCUGGUGAGAUCGUCUUCUACCCCUUCCAGUGCCUGGGCUUCUCCCCUGAGCACCAGAGGGACUUCAUUGCCCAGGACCUGGGCCCGGCGCUGGCCAACAGCUCCCACCGCCACGUCCAGCUCAUCAUCCUGGAUGACCAGAGGGUGAUGCUGCCCUACUGGGCCGAGGUGGUUCUCAAAGACCCUGUGGCUGCCAGAUACAUCAGUGGCAUCGGCAUCCACUGGUACCUGGAUUUCCUGGCACCCAUCGACCUGACACUCUCCAUCACCCAUCACCUCUUCCCAGACUAUUUCCUCCUCUCCACCGAGGCCUCCACAGGCUCCUACUUCUGGGAGCCCAGGGUGGUCCUGGGUGGCUGGGAGCGUGGGAGCAAGUACAGCCACAGCAUCCUGUCGAACCUCAACAACUACGUGACGGGCUGGACUGACUGGAACCUGGCCCUGGACAUGGAAGGAGGCCCAAACUGGAGCAAGAACUACGUGGACAGCCCCGUCAUCGUGGACAGCAGCAAGGAUGUCUUCUACAAGCAGCCCAUGUUCUACCACCUGGGGCACUUCAGCAAGUUCAUCCCCGAGGGCUCCCAGCGGGUGGGACUGGCUGUCUCCAAGAAGUGCCACCGCUGUGACCUGGAGCACUCGGCUUUCCUGCGCCCCGACGGCGCCGUUGUGCUGGUGGUCCUGAACCGCUCCCCCACGGACGUGUCCUUUGGGAUCUCUGACCCGCGCGUCGGCUUCAUCGAGGCCGUGGCUCCCAGCGACUCCAUCCAGACGUUCCUCUGGAAGCAGCCAGCCUAGCGUGGCACAGGAGAGAGGUGCCAGCACCAGGAACACGCUGCUGGUGGCAGCUUGGAG